CCCGUAUCCCACACUGCUUUGCUCUUCAAGACUGUCCAGUCAUUCUGCAUUAGCUUUAGCGUUAGCUUCUCUCAGGAGCCGCGGCUUUAUUUCGGUCUGAGUUUAGCUCUGUUUUUUACUCCAGGAGUUUGAUUAAACUCCACAGGUCGGUUCAGGAUGAAGGAGCUCACCGCCAAGAAGCGCGAGAGGAGCAAGGAGAGCCGCGCGGAGAAGCAGAAGGACCCAGGGCCCGAGACCCCCGAGCCCGAGCAGCCGGAGGAGGAGAGCACCGGGAAACAGGACCAGACCACCCUGGAGGAUAUCCGUGAGCAUGUGAAACAGAUAGAGAAAGCUGUGUCCGGUAAGGAGCCACGGUUUGUCCUGCGUGCGCUGCGGGCUUUACCUUCAACCAGCCGACGUCUCAACCCCAACGUAUUGCACAAAGCCAUUUCCGGCUUUUACACAUCCAACGCUGCAAGCAAGGAGUUCCUGCUUGGCUUUCUGGAGGAGCCGAUGGACACUGAGGGAGAUGUGCAGUUUAGGCCUCGUACUGGUAAAGCAGCAGCCACUCCCUUGAUUCCUGAAGUGGAGGCCUACCUUCAACUUCUGCUAGUGGUCUACCUCACCAACAACAAGCGCUACAACGAGGCUCAGAAGGUUUCGGACAACCUCCUGCAAAAGAUCAGCUCUCAGAACCGCAGGGCUCUAGACCUGGUGGCAGCAAAGUGCUACUACUACCACUGCCGCGUCUACGAGUUCCUUAACCAGUUGGAUGCAGUGCGCAGUUUUCUACACACACGCCUGAGGACCGCCACGUUACGUCACGAUUCAGACGGCCAAGCCACCCUGCUGAACCUGCUGCUGCGCAACUACCUGCAGUACAACCUGUACGACCAGGCAGAGAAAUUGGUGUCCAAAUCUGUCUUUCCUGAGCUGGCCAACAACAACGAGUGGGCUCGAUACCUCUACUACACAGGACGUAUUAAGGCCAUCCAGCUGGAGUACUCAGAAGCCCGGAGGACUCUGACUAAUGCACUACGCAAAGCCCCUCAGCACACCGCUGUGGGCUUCAAACAAACUGUGCAUAAGCUGCUGAUUGUAGUUGAGUUGUUGCUUGGGGAGAUUCCUGACAGGCUGCAGUUCCGCCAGCCUUCUUUAAAGAGAUCUCUCAUGCCCUACUUUCUCCUUACUCAAGCGGUGAGGACUGGGAAUUUGGCCAAGUUUAACCAGGCCUUGGAUCAGUUCGGUGAGAAGUUUCAGACUGAUGGCACCUACACACUCAUCAUCCGCCUGCGACACAAUGUCAUCAAAACAGGUGUAAGAAUGAUUAGCUUGUCUUAUUCCCGUAUCUCGCUGGCUGACAUCGCUCAGAAACUACAGCUGGACAGUCCUGAAGAUGCCGAGUUUAUUGUGGCCAAGGCAAUCCGCGAUGGAGUUAUUGAGGCCAGCAUAAACCAUGAGAAGGGUUACGUUCAGUCAAAGGAGACCAUGGACAUAUACGGCACACGCGAGCCACAGCUUGCUUUCCAUCAGCGCAUCUCCUUCUGUCUGGACAUUCACAACAUGUCUGUUAAGGCCAUGAGAUUUCCACCUAAAGCCUACAAUAAAGACCUGGAGUCCGCCGAGGAGCGAAGGGAAAGGGAGCAGCAGGACCUUGAGUUUGCUAAAGAAAUGGCAGAAGAUGACGAUGACAGUUUCCCGUGAUCUGACGGGCCAGAAGAAACCUGAUCGCUGUGUUUUUCCUCUUUCUUCUUUAUCUAGCCUUUCUGUUCUGCUCCAGUCCUCUCUAAAGAAAUGUUCAUCCCCAGCCCUGCAGCAAGCCCAUACAGCUCCAUUUAUCUGCUCACAGCCAGGCCCAAACUAGCCUGAAUCUCACCUGCUUUCACUUUGUUUUGCAAUGCAGACCUGGCCCAAUACCGGUUAGACCACAUAAGAAGCACCAGUUUGGUUGAUACAUUAAGAACAGAGAGAAAGACACUGUUUACUUUACUAUUACAUUGUUGAAGCCCCCAAAAUUCUUCAUUACUGUUGUUGUGUUUUGCAUAUUGAUAUUCUGUUGAUCCAUUUAUGAGCCUUUUCUGGUCUGCUGUAUCAUUAGCUACAGCCUCUGAGUCUUCAUACGAGAUCUGUGUAAAAAAUACAAAUCAAAGCCGGAAGAAACCUCAGAUUCAGGAUGGAUUGUGCCAGGCUGUGGUUGUUGGUGUAAAAUCCUUAGAGAUGAGAUCAUUUUCACUUUUGUAAUCUCUGCAGUAAUCUUGUGUUUCUGCAGGUGUGACUGUCUCUGUGGUUGGAAUAAUAACGCAAAUGUAAAGGUUGAUGAGAACUGACCUGUUCUGCUUCUGUUAACAAUUUUGUCCACCAAACAGUAGUAGUAGUCUAAUUAUGAGUCACUCUCAAAUGAUUUAACAAUUUCCCAACCUGGAAUUUUGCAGAUUUAUGUAACCUGGCUGACGGCUGAGACUCUGUACAGUAAGAGGACUCUUCCUCUUGCUCUAGUAAAGGCCAUGUGUGGUUUGUUUCGCAAGAGUGAAUACAGUGUACAAUUAAAGUUUUUCUAUGAAUA